AAUACUUGCCUUUGACUAGUCCUCAGCCGGGGUGCAAAGCUCUCUUACAAGCACAUAAAGAGUAGGGUUUUUCGCGAGGGUUUAACGACGCCGUUUCCCAGCACCGCCGCCUGUAACCAGCCUUCCGCCGCCGCAGCGUUAUCCUCCAUCCAGCCCUAGGAAUAAUGGGAAAGAAGGAUAAAUCUUCGAAACGAAAAAUCAGGGACACCGAUGUAGCUACUGGGAUUUUGUCUCACGACGGUCUUGUAGAUAAAGAUGUAAAUGAAGUGAUGGAUGACUUGAGUGAACCGACGAUGGGUGAAAAGCUUGCAAGCCUGAAAUUGGAAGGGAAGGACAAUGCAUUAAUCGAGGAUUUAAAGCCGCCUAGUGCGGACUCGAUUUAUAUCUUACUGAAGCAAGCACUCCGAUCGGAAGAUCGAGCGCUUCUUAUAGAAUGCUUACACAGACAAGAUGAGAAGGUCAUUUCGAAUUCGUUGUCGGUGCUGAAUCCUUCUGAUGUUCUCGUGUUCUUACAUGCUCUCGUACCGAUUAUUCAGUUGAGGGGGGCUGUCUUGGCUUGCGCUAUUCCAUGGCUCAGAAGUUUACUUCUCCAGCAUGCAGGCAGUAUAAUGUCUCAAGAAUCUUCGUCUAAUGCGCUGAACUCGAUAUAUCAGCUGAUAGAAUCGAGAGUCUCGACUUUCAACCACGUACUUCAGUUAUCAACUUGCUUGGACUUGCUUUAUGCAGAGACUGUUGAUGAUGAUGUGGAGGAGAAUGAUACGGUGACGCCUUUCAUAUACGAGGACAAUGAUGAUGAAAGUGAUGACGAGGGAUCCGAUAUUUCCAUGGAAGUCGAUGGUGUCGAAGAUGGCCACGAGCCUCUAGUUUAUAACGACAUCAGUGAUUAAUGAAGAGAAUGGUGAAAUCAAGCACUAGCGACUUAAUCACUUGACAACUUUGUCCACGAUUUUCUUGCCCACCAUCGUGAUAACAUGGUCCCUCUCUUUAGGAACGACGCUUCCUUUCUUACCGUAAUUGCUGCUGCUUUGUCCAUUGUUGGAAUUCAUCUUAGCAGCUAUGUUCUUUUAUCGUUCUUUUUCUUGCUGUGUGUUUGUUUGUUUGUUUCUGCAGUGUAUCGUAUGAGAUGUGUUCGACUCUAUUUAUAGAGUUGAAAGUUAUGUAUUUUCGCUGUAAGCCGUUUCCCUUUUCUUUUUUCGAUUGUUAAUUUCUGUGAGAUUUCAAGGAAGAAUGGAAUUGCUCCACCAUUUUGUGUGUGUGUGUGUGUGUAAGUGUGUGUGUGUGUGUGUGUGUGUUGCAAUGAUAUGAAAUUUCUGUAAGAUUUCAAGGAAGAAAGGAAUUGCUCCACCAUUUUGUGUGUGUGUGUGUGUGUGUGUGUGUUGUGGUGCAAUGAUAUGAAAUUUCUGUAUUGUGAGUGCA